AUGUGCCUUAGGGAUGACGAUUGUGCUUUUGUUCUUGUAAGAACGAAAUUGUUUGCUCCUCUUUGCAAUAUAGACGUGGGGGAGGCUGCUGGUUUGCACACAACUAUUGAUUGGAUUUCCAAUCAACAGUUUGACAGCGUCGAUUUUGUUCUUGAUUGUAAAAGAGUUGUUGAUUGUGUUAAUGCUAGCCUAGAUGAUAGUAGCGAAUUUGGGUGUAUUAUUACUGCUUUGCAAACAACAACAAUGUUGUCAAGGUUAAUAAGAUAUGUUGGUACCUCUUCUGUUUCUGUUUCUGUUUCUGUUUCUUCUUCUAUUAUUAUUCCCAACAAUAACAAGCUGUUUCCUCCUCCUCGUCCUUUUGUUUCAUACCUUAUUCGUUCCUUCUCUUCAAGUACAAUUACAGAACCCUUGUACUUUAAUCUUGAAACUCUUGAUCAUUUUUCUGCUAUUCGUAUAUUCGAUCUGAUGCUCGAUUACGAUGGCUUCUAUUCCAUAUCCGAUUUUAACUUCCUUUUUUCUUCCCUUAUCAAAAAGGGUUGCCUCUUGACUGUUUUUCAACUUGCUCAACGAUGGGAGGAAUCCCUAUCCCGUAAGUGUUAUGAUCGUGUAUAUCCAAACAUUGAUACUUGGAAAAUCCUCAUCAGUUGUCACUCUAAAAAAAAAUCAGGUAACAUCUCUUUUGCUUUCUCUCUAUUCCACAGAAUAAUUGAAGACGGUCAUCGUCCUACUACUUCCACAUUGAAUGAUAUUUUUCGAGGUUUAUGUCUCAGAGGCCAGAUUUAUAAAGCAAUUAUGUUUUAUAAUUACACCAUACUAAAGGGUUUUCAGUUGAACCUUGAGACUUAUUCUAUUAUAAUCCAUGGUUUAUGUAAGAUAGGAGAAACUAAAAAAGCAAUACACUUUUUGAGAGAGGCACCGCAGAUUCACAAGGAACAAAAUAAUGGUUUAUGUGAGAUUGGAGAAACUAAAAUACCCUUUCACUUUUUGAGCGAGGCGGAGCAGGAGGAAGAUGAAUUUGAGGAUAUGUAUGAUGCGAUCAUAAUCACACUCUGCAUGGAAAGACAUAUAAACGAAGCCUAUGAUUUAUUUUCUGAAAUGAUUGUUAAGAAGAAGAUCAUACCUUGUAAUGACAUAUAUUGCUGUCUAGUCUAUGGCUAUUGCAUCACUGGUCAAUUUAAGCAAGCAAUUGCCUUGUUUAGAGAAUUUGGGGAAGCACUAAGAAUAAGAAACAUCGGUGCUUUAGAUACAGAACAUAUACAAGAUGUGAAAGCUGCUAAAUUUGUUACAGAACAAGAGGUGACAGCUGCUAAAAGAGCAGUUGCUGUUCUGAUAAAACGCGGUGUCAAACCUGAUCUUGCUAGUUGUCAAUCCGUGGUUGGUGGACUAUACAAUGGUGGAACAGUUAAAGUUACAAGAAAGAUGGAAGAGUUGAGUUUGAGAUUUUCUCUGUACCAUAUUGAAAUAAGGAUGGAUCCUUCAAAGGAAGGACGGAAGGAGCUACGUCCUGCCGGUGGAAUAUUGUAG